AUGAAGUCUCUCUUGGGUCUUGUAACCCUUGCAGCCUUGUCAGCAGGGCUAGCUGGUGCACAAGAGGAGAUUGUUCCAGGAGGAACACUUGUCAAUGCCUGUCCCAUCAAAAUGAAGAAUGGAGGUAAAUGUGAUGAAAAUGGGAAUUGUCCCUACCAAAUAACUUUGCCUCCAAUGACAAUUCAGUUACCUAAGCAGUUACAGCUUCUUGAGAAAACGCUGAAGGAAGUACAGAAACUUAAAGAAAUUGUAAAUAAUCUCAAGGAAUCAUGUCAGGAUUGCAAAUUGCCGGCAGAUGAAACAGGGGAGAAAGCGUACACUGAGGACCCUGAAGAAAGAGGACAGGGGAAUCAAAUACAAGAUCUGCAGUCAAAGAUGAAGAAAAUGUCCAUAAGUCUGAAGAAUGCACGGACUCAGAUUACCAACUUGCAGGAUCAGAUGGAGACGAUAAGUAUGAACAAUGUGAAUGAUUACAUUGACCAGAAGAUGGCAAACCUGUCAUUCAUGGUUAGCAAUGCAGACAAGUGUUCAAACUGCCAACUAAAGGAGCCAGUUCCAAGCAUACAGCUUAUCUUCAAAGACUGUUCGGACUACUACAAGAUGGGCAAAAGACUGAAUGGCAUUUACCAUGUCAUGCCAGAUCCAAAGAAUAAGACAUUUGAAGUCUUCUGUGAUAUGGAAUCUAUGGGUGGGGGUUGGACAAUGGUGCAGAGGCGUAUAGAUGGCAGUGUAAGUUUUAACAGGACAUGGGUUGAGUACAAAAAUGGUUUUGGCAACCUCAGUGGAGAGUUUUGGUUGGGUAAUGAUAAGAUUCAUCUCUUGUCCAAAAGCAGUAACAUGAUGCUGAGAAUUGAACUUGAGGAUCUGAAGGGUGUAAAGGAAUAUGCCAAUUAUGAGCAGUUCUAUGUGGCCAAUGAAUAUGUGAAGUAUAAAUUAUCUGUCAGUGGCUAUAGCGGAACGGCCGGUGAUGCACUUCACUUCAGCAAACAGUACAACCAUGACCAAAGAUUUUUUACUACACCAGACAAAGACAAUGACAGGUAUCCAUCUGGAAAUUGUGGAGCUUACUAUAGCUCUGGCUGGUGGUUUGAUGCAUGCAUGUCUGCCAAUCUUAAUGGGAAAUACUAUGAGAAGGAAUACAAGGGUGUGCGGAACGGGAUUUUCUGGGGUACAUGGCAAGGUGUUUCUGAACAGCAAUUAGACAGUUUCAGGCAAACUUUUAAGGCUGUUAGGAUGAUGAUCAGACCAAAAGACUUCUCACCAUGAAUGAAGACCUGAUCUGAAACACUGUAAAAACAUGCAAUCAAUGUAAUAACAUUUCUAUAAACGAUCUUAGCUACUAAUUAAGUAUUUUCAAAUGCCCUAAAAUUGAGAAAUGAAUAUUAAAAGGGUGUUUUGGGCAGACAAUUGUUGUUAAAAAAAAAAAAAAAAAGUGUGAUAAAGGGUUAAAAAUGAUCACCUUCACUGACACUGCAGUUUUGUAAUUCCUGCCUUGGCUCAAACCACCUGAAAUGCCAAGAAUGGCCCACUCAGUCAAUCACCGGCAGAGGGCUGCUCUACUCCGCAGUCACAUGGGGACAGAUGAAGUGCCCACCCACCAAGGAGGCAGGGAGGGAUGGCAAAGCAAAUGGGUCAGAGUUAGUCAUUUUUCAUUAAGUGCUAUAAAUAUGUAUAUUUUGAUUUGGCCAAAAAAAAACAAUCAAACACAGAUGUCCUGGGACAACUCUUUUUAGGUUAGAUUAGCAAUGUGCUACAGGGGAACUAAGGGAGCCUUUCAGAAGCUCUCUCUCUCUCUUUUUUAUUUUUAUUUGCAUACACUUAUAUAAACCGGAUUUUAAAAACUAUUUCAUGGUAUAAAAAUUCAUUAGGAAGGCGUGGUGCAUUCAUUUGUGCGUGCCUCCAUGCAUCUACUACUGAACAUCUUACAAGUUUCUUUUGUAGUCUUGGUCAAUAUCUUUAUAUUAUCACAUGGGCAUACUGUGUGUUCUCAAGAUUUUCAAUGGCAUUGGGCAUGGAUAAAGCGACUCAUCAGUUCACAGAUCGGCGAAUGCUGAUGCUAAACCACAAACAGGCUUGAAUCUAUCUUCCCUAUAGAACAGAAAUAAUGGAAGAUAGAAGCACCAGACCCUACACUGUGUGAUGAAUUGUAACGACGGAUAGAAAGCAAAUGGACCAUUGGGGCCAUCUCAUGUAUAUGGCUGGUUAUAUAUAGAGAGAUCACUUGUGGUGAUCUGGAUCAGGUACAUCUAUCACAUCUGAUAACAUUCUCUCAGAAAAAAACAUCUUGGAUAUGUCCUCCCACCAGAUUCUAGUCUGCUGAUAUAAAUCUAUAGUGUCCAUUAAAAUGUUAAUUACUGUGUUCAAUCAAGAAGUGACUGGAUUCGUACUGCAGGAUGAGAGACGAUAUAUUUAUUGGCUGUAGGUGUCCAUACGCUUUAUGUAUGCAUGAUGUACCUGUUUGUUUUUAGAUGUUUAUGAAGAUAAUAUAUUUUAUUAUACUGUUUGUAUAUUGUAAAUAGGACUGUUCUAGCAGCAUACAAUAAAUGUGAUAUGAACCAUC